AUGGCAAAGCUCCUUCGACUGCUGGCUGUCUGCGCUGCGCUGGCCGCCGGCCAAGGCAACGACACGGAGCCGCCCACGACGCUCUUGCCCGAGCCGACCACGAUGACGCCGGCACCGACGACGGUGCUGCUCAACACAACCUCGGUGCCAACGACAACGACACCGCUGGUAACACCGGCCACGACGCCGACAACGACGCCCGUGGCCACUGCGACGCCACGACCGACGAUGAUGGCCCAGACGACCCUAGCCCCAACGCCUGAGACCGCGGACCCCGAACGUGCGGACACCGUGGGCCCGACGCUUGAGCCCAACACGUCGGUGCCAACGGCUACGAUUCAGGAUGCCACUUCUGGCGCAGUCGUGCUGUGGCCACUUGUGUGUGGUAUUGUGGGGUGUGGGGUCGCAAUUGCCUCUGUUCUCUGGGUGCGACAGUCGCGGCGCGAGAAGCCACCGUCGCCAGUCGCGUCAUCCGACUCGUCGGUCAGCUCCUUCUUUAGCUUGCGCAACGGACCAAGCGAUCUCGGAGCCACAAACGAGCUGCUCCGAAGCACCAACCCGAUCUUCGAUGUGAUGGACUCGGUGACGAUGGACCCGCCGUUUGAGACGUGCACUGAAUCGGCGUACUCGCUGAGCCCGUCGUUUACGGGCGGCAACAGCAUCUCGACGACGCACUCGACGCUGCUCAACAGCAGCUACUCGGAAGACAUCUAUUGCAGCGUGCUCUCGGACCGGUUGCUCUUGACCGGAGGCCCGUCCGAGCUCUUGGAAGAAGACGACGACGCGACCCCACCCCAGCUUGGCGACGACGACCGUUCGUCACUUUAUGACGACGACGACGACGAGGAUGCUGACAGCAGCAGCGCGAUUAGAGUGCUGCACUCGGGCUACGGCGUCGACAUGGCGGCGCUCCAAGAUACCUCAUCUCUGAGCCCGUACAUGGACACGACACGUUUCCAGGCCAUGCUCGACACGCCCGUGUACCUGGGCCAGAACGACGUCUGA